GUGAAGAUGAAGGGAAGGGACAUUGUGGCAGUUCUGGGAUUGAUGCUGGUGGUGGCGGUGGUGGUGAAUGUCGCGGAAGGAGAUCCGGACACGGUAACGAAGGUGAAGAUGGUGAACGGUAAGAAGAUGUGUGACAAAGGGUGGGAGUGCAAGGGGUGGUCCAUUUUCUGUUGCAACGAGACCAUCACCGACUAUUUCCAGACCUACCAAUUCGAGCAACUCUUCUCGAAGCGGAACUCUCCCGUUGCUCACGCCGUCGGCUUCUGGGACUACCAGUCAUUCAUCACAGCCGCCGCCCUCUUCGAACACCUUGGCUUCGGUACCACCGGUCUUAAGACCUUGAAGAUGAAGGAGAUCGCAGCCUUCCUCGCCCACGUCGGUAGCAAGACUUCUUGCGGUUAUGGAGUGGCGACAGGAGGACCCUUAGCCUGGGGGCUUUGCUUCAACAGGGAAAUGAGUCCCAGCCAGUCAUACUGCGACGACUCCUACAAAUACACCUACCCUUGUGCUCCUGGAGCCGAAUACUAUGGCCGAGGUGCCUUGCCUAUCUACUGGAACUACAACUACGGUGCAACUGGGGAGGCUUUGAAAGAAGACCUGCUGAACCACCCAGAAUAUAUUGAGCAGAAUGCUACACUUGCUUUCGAGGCUGCAAUUUGGCGGUGGAUGACCCCAAUCAAAAAGUCACAGCCAUCAGCCCAUGAUGCCUUUGUUGGCAACUGGAAGCCGACCAAGAACGAUACUCUGGCUAAGCGCGGUCCUGGUUUUGGCACCACAAUGAACAUUCUUUACGGGGACUUUCUUUGUGGGAAGGGUGAUAUUGAUUCCAUGAACGUCAUUAUUUCCCAUUACCUGUAUUACCUUGACCUUAUGGGUGUUGGCCGAGAGGAGGCAGGGCCGAAUGAGGUUCUCUCUUGUGCUGAGCAGGUCGCAUUUAACCCUUCAACCUCUCCCAGUGCUGCGUCUUCUUGAGCUCUAUAUGAUGGCUAGGUAACCCAUUUGAUUGUUGGAUCGAUCCUCUCCAAAGGGGGACCAGAAAUAAAAAGAGUUGGCAAAGAUGGAUGCUAUACCCAUGUCAGUUGUAAUGUGUGAAAUGAUUUCUCAACGCACUUCGUUAUUGCUGUGUAGAUUUUGAGACCCAUUUGUUUUUAUGUAGCAUAAUAUAUAUUGUGCAAUCUAUGUACUUGUGAACCAUCUUCUUGUUACGUUUUUUUUUUUCCCAAUUACAAAAGUUGUAAAGUGAAGAUAUGUUUUAUUGAGACAUGCUCUCUUGUCCCAGUCAGUGAUUUCUUUGGUAAA